AUGUUUAAUUUAGGUAUAAUUCAGUUUAUUACUUUAAGCUGUGUAAGUCACAAAAUGUGUGGUAACCACUCGUGUGCGGUGUAUCACAUUCAAUCAACCCACUUAAUCUAUUUGUGUGAUAACAUACACAAUACGCCAAUAUGUCUGCUUUUGAUAUCUGUUUAUUGCAGAACGGACGGCGGUUACGAGCUCGCGUUAACUCUAAAUAAAUACCAAUGUGUUGCAGACAUUCCCUACAGGUGGAACCCGCUCGCAAAUCGCUGUUGCGAUGUAGUCAUGUCGUUCUUGAAUUUAAUACGUAAAAUUUAUUGUAAUUGUGUAUCCGCUGAUUUUCAUUUUACUUAUGUUGUGAGUACUAGUUUUAAUUCUACAAAUCCUUUGACUAUGACAAGUUUAUAUAAAAACUUUUCAGUUCUCAAACUUUCAAAUAAAUGUAUGUAUAUGGUCUUCCAGGAUUACGUUCGACGACAUUUAACGGUGUUCGAUGUAAUAUUAUAG